AUACUCUCAAGUUUGAUCACAUUUCUGACACCAUUCCUUGGGGGAACAGUUUAACGACGGUAUAACAAUCUUUUUUGAAGCGUCCGCGGUCUUGCUGCAAAGAAAACAAACGAGCUCUCUGACACCGUGCCUUUGAUGAUUUUAAUACAAGAACACCAGCUUUGAAGGUCAUUACAAAUUUCUAAAAAAAAAACAAGGGAGUACUGCGUCUAUUGCUGAACUGGACUUAAAACGAGGGUCUGGAAAUUUUUUAACUCAAUUCCAUGGAAAUGCAAAGCAAUGGAAGAAACUCCUCGGGAACUUAGCCGUCUUACUUCACCUUCUAGAUGCACAAGUCUUUAAUAAUUUUUAGUAAUCAAGGGGAAUUGAAGGGGAAUUUCUAAGACCUUGUACCAUGAAGAUUUGCAUCAUUUUGGCGGUCUUAUCCGCCUGUACACUCGCGCAGGAUCACGAAGACUCCAUCGGAACAGACGUCAAGCUCGGGCUUCUUAUCCCCUUUAGACACGUGCGUGAGCUUGGCAACUCUUUCCACGCGGGGGAGAACUACGCCUCCGCCAUGAGUAUCGCAGUGGAUGCAGUGAACAAGCGCAAGGAUCUGUUGCCCGGUCGUAACAUUUCCUUCAUAUGGAAUGACACAAAUUGUGAUGAGUUGAAUACCAUUCGUGCACUGGUCUAUCAGUUGAAUGCUGGCGUGACGGCGUUCAUUGGUCCCGGAUGUACGUGUAACACGGCGGCGAGAAGCGCUGCUGCCUUCAACAAAUCCAUGAUAUCAUAUAUGUGCAGUAGCCCGGAAGUGUCAAACAAGAAGCUCUACCCCACCUUCGCACGUACCUUCGCCGUGGAUACCGUCCUGGCACCUACCGUGCUUUCUCUGUUAAGGUAUUUCUCGUGGAAGCGGGUCGCCAUCAUCUACGAGAACGUCACCAAGUGGAUAGAGAUGAAGGAGACGCUUAUCAAGAAGCUUAAAGAAGAAGGCAUCACUGUGGCGCUGGAUCUCAUGAUGAGCCCAUCAGCUAUCUACACGCCACAGAACCACUCGGCGUACUACAAGAACCUUGUCAAACGGAUAAAAGAAGAGGCGAGAAUCGUUAUCUUCGUAACGGAGUUCUUCCUGGCGCGCGAGGGAAUGCUGCACGCGUAUGACGAAGGGAUGCACACCGGUCAGUACGUGUUCAUUAUGUUCGUACUGGACCAAAGCCUCAUCAGCGUGUACACCAAGAGUCCAUUCAAAUGGCUUUUCAGUAGUUACAAGUCAACACUCAAACGCUACCAUCACCUGCAGAAAGCGUUUGAAGCAGUGUUCAUUUUGGCGGUCAAGAGUCCGAAAUCUGAUAACUACACUGCCUUCAAAAAUGAACUAAAGGCGCGGUCACCUGACCACCCGUUCUACAGCACUGUCUAUCAGGGAUACCUGUGGCAUAAAAACAAUAAUUUCCCCGCCAAUAAAACAGAGCCUCCUAUAUACGGAGCGUAUCUGUAUGAUGCAGUUUAUCAGUUUGCGUAUGGUCUAAACAAAACCUUGGCAAUGGGAAUCGAGCCGACAGGACAAGCGAUCAUUGAUCAGCUUCGAGGACUGCAGUAUGACAGUGUGCUCGGAUACAAGGUUCAUUUCAACAUGCAAGGAGAUGCCGAGUUCAACUUCACGCUGAUGGACCUCCAGUGGGGCGGAGGUCAGCCGUUCCCGCCACUCGUCCCAGUUGGCGACUUCCAUAUCGUUUACAGCAACAACUCCAAAAUGGGAAAGCAAGUAUUCGUGCCUUGGUAUAACCAUUCCAUUCACUGGCCAAAUAAUAAGGGACCCCCCAAGGAUUCGCCCGAGUGCGGCUUCCACGGAGAACUGUGUCCUUCAAAGAAGGAGGACGAUGUCAAGAUGAAGAUUAUUGCUGGGGUGUCCGGUGCUCUUGCUCUUCUCUCGUUACUACUCCUCCUCAACAUUUACAGGCAAUACCGCCUUGAAAGUGAUCUGAAAAGCCUUCUUUGGAAAAUUGACUUUAAUGAGCUGUGUUUCGAGAAGAAAAGGAACUCCGUCACAUCCCUCGCAAGCUGUUUCGGCAUGGGAAUGAGGGAAAAUAAUGUGCUUGAGCCUCUUCUUGAUGGUGAGGAUCUGGAGGCUGAAAUGUGUAAACACACUGCAGUAGGCAUCUACAAGGGUAACCUCGUCGCUGUCAAGCGAUUGGCCAAAAAGAGCGUGGACCUCACGAGGACAGUACUCAUGGAGCUAAAACAGAUGCGGGAUCUGAGACACGACAACUUGGCUCAGUUCAUGGGCGCAUGCGUGGAAUCUCCCAAUAUCUGUAUCGUGGUUCAGUACUGCCCCAAGGGAAGCGUGCAGGAUAUUCUGCAAAAUAAAGAUGUGAAGCUGGACCACAUGUUCAUUGCAUCUCUGGUGUCCGACAUAGUCAGGGGCAUGGCGUUUCUGCAAAGCACGGACCUGAAAUCUCACGGAAAUCUAAAAUCGUCAAACUGCUUGGUAGACAGCCGUUGGGUGCUUAAGAUAACAGACUACGGCUUAUCAACAUUUAGGGCCAAGCAAACCAAGACUUACCCCACGGAGUCUGAUUACUACAGAGAUCUGCUGUGGGUGGCGCCCGAGAUCCUGAGACUCCCCUCGAGACCCGCGCGAGGCACACAGAAAGGCGAUGUGUUCAGCUUCGCGAUAAUCCUCGAGGAGUUUCACACUCGCGAAGAACCGUACAGCGCUAGCUACAUGGAGCCUAAGGAGAUCGUUCGUCGAGUUCAGAAUGUCGAGUUCCCGCCUUUCCGCCCCACCGUCCCGGUGCUUAUAGCAGGGGUGGAAGAGCUUCGAGAGCUCAUGAAGCAAUGCUGGGACGAGAACCCUGACAUGAGGCCUGACUUUAACGAGAUCAAGAAGAUCAUGAACAAAAUACUCGUCAAUAACGGAAUGAAAACCAAUAUUUUUGAUAACAUCUGCUACAUGAUGGAGAAGUACGCGGACAGCCUCGAGGAGCUGGUCAUGGAAAAGACAGGCCAACUUAUCGAAGAGAAGAAGAAGACGGACGCACUGCUGGAACGCAUGCUGCCCAAGCCCGUGACAGAUCAGCUGAAGCGCGGUAAAUCCGUAGAGGCUGAAAGUUUCCACGAAGUGUCAAUCUACUUCAGUGAUAUCGUGGGUUUUACAGAGCUAUCGGCAGAAAGUUCGCCACUACAGGUGGUCAGUUUACUUAACGAUUUAUACACGCUAUUUGAUGACAUUAUCAGGGAAUAUGACGUUUACAAGUGCGCUCCUUCUGCCCGGCAGGUGGAGACCAUCGGAGAUGCCUACAUGGUGGUCAGCGGACUUCCCAUCAGAAAUGGAAACCGUCACGCGGGCGAGAUCGCCAAGAUGGCGUUACACCUAAUUGAGGCCGUCCAGACGGAGUUUAUAGUGCGUUACAAGCCAACGUACAAGCUCAAGUUACGAGUGGGAAUACACAGUGGGCCUGUAGUUGCUGGAGUUGUCGGAAAUACAAUGCCAAGAUACUGUUUAUUUGGCGAUACUGUAAACACCGCUUCAAGAAUGGAAUCGAACGGGGAAGCCCUUAGAAUACAUAUCAGCGAGGACACCAAACGGAUACUGGAUCAGUUGGGAGGCUUCGUCGUGGAGGGGAGGGGUGAAGUUUAUCUCAAGGUGAGAAGACGACAAAGAGACGGUGUUUUAGCGUGACUCAAAACAAGGAGUCUGUUUCUGAUAGAAGACGGUGUUUUAGCGUGACUCAAAACAAGGAGUCUGUUUCUGAUAGAAGACGGUGUUUUAGCGUGACUCAAAACAAGGAGUCUGUUUCUGAUAGAAGACUUGCGCUAAGAAAUCACGUGACUGUUUGGGUGGCAAACUAGCGCGCGCUCAGGCUUUUAGCGGCAAAAUAACAACAACAAAAAAAGCAACUUAUUCAGCGCUUACAGAUAAAGAGAGUUUUAUAUUUUCAGGAAAAUGGCUUAUUUUCAUUUGAAGAUUUUAUUUAUUCGACGGGCGUUGUCAUUUCUGUGUUUAUUUUUGCAUGCUUGAAUUUGCCAUCGCAAAUGUCACAUGAUCCCUUAGCGCAAGUUCCAUAAUAUUCUGAAUUAGCAUCAAAGCGUUCAGGCGCGUAGCCCCGAUUUGCUACAGCGAAUGCGCAGGAGCUUAAGUUCUAUAAGAGAGUGUAAUACAUUGAUUUAGGCUCCAAACCAUAUCUUUGCUUAUUUAUAAAUAUGAGGCACGGCUGCUUGUGUCGCUAUCGAUGACGUUUAUAAAUAACUAUAUCUUUGAACUCGAACUUAACAAAGCUACAUAUGCAUACAUUCAAAUUUCUGACGAUGUCUUUUGCAUAUUUCUUGCCGUCUUAAAUCUUUGCUGAAUGCUCGAUGCCUGGUUACCUAAGCGUUUCUAUAAGUUAAAUACAUAAUUACAUAUAACCUCGAGUUAUAUACUCAUCCUAUCAUUAUUCACUAAACAAACAAAUAUAUACGAUUUACGAUGUUUCCGUAUUUUGCGGGUAAGGAAAGUAAACAGGAAAAACUCAUUAUAUUAAGCUUACAAUAUUGGCGGUCUUUGCUUACUCUUCGGACUAUGAUUAAAAAAAAAAAAAAAAGAA